GACGGGACAGGAUAUCCGCUGUGACUCUGUCCUUGACGCUGCUAAAGACAGGACGGCACUAUCGGAGCUGCUUGAAAAUGGUGUCUUACUGGAGGCAAGCUGGUCUCAGCUAUAUCCGCUACUCUGCGAUCUGUGCCCAGGCCGUGCGGUCCGCACUGAAGCCACAGUAUAAAGCGGCUGCAGAGAAGGCUGCUGGAUUCAGCGUGAAAGUCCUUCCGCCAAAGGCAGCAGCAUGAUCUGGCUUGCUUUGGAGCGUUGGAAGGUGGUUCUCGCGUGUGAAGUCCGGUCUGGCUGUUCAGUUUCCAGCAGAUUCCCCUUGUGAUUCCAAUUCAUUCAACAAGCAAACCCCUGUAGUUCCUUGAUUUAAUAAAAGGCUGCUGCUCAAGCAGUUUUGUAUA